GGUUUCGCGUCUUAACCUUACCAGGCUUCCCUCCUCGCAGUAACCUGUGCCGGACCGCCUUCGCCUUCGGACCGAACAUUUUCCACCAGGGAUGAGCGACGGGGACGUUUUCGGCUUGGAGGCCCACCUGCCCAAGGUGAGGAUCCCGGGCAAGGAGACCCGCGUCUACAAAGACGAAUGCGUCUUUUCCUUCGACACCCCAGACACGCCGACCGGCCUUUACGUCUGCCUCAACACGUUCCUCGGCCUCGGGAAAGACCAUGUACUCAGGCAUUACCAGAAGACCGGGAAUGGAAUCUUUCUACACAUCAAACGUGACAGGAUUGAGAAAGAAACUGUGCAGGGGGAUGGUCCCGAGAGGAAGGUGACCAAGUUGGCCAUCGGAGUUGAGGGUGGUUUUGAUGUUGACAAGAAGAACGUCGAGACAAAUGAGGUUUACAAGAUUGUCGUCUUACCGAAGUUCACGGAAAUCCAGUGGCCUUGUGACCAGCUGCCACAAGUCGUGAUCAAUUCAGUAGAAGCAAUUUUAGAGGCAGAAACAGCAGCAAGGAUGGCUGAGCUUGACCUCCCAGUCUGGGAUGGUGAAGUCCGCCAAGUUUCACAGCAUGCAGCAUCACUAAAACAACUUGACAAUGGGAAGAAAGUACCUCCAAGUGGCUGGAAGUGUGAGAAGUGCGACAUGGAAAAAAAUCUAUGGCUCAAUUUGACGGACGGAUCCAUCCUGUGUGGAAGAAAGUACUUCGACGGCAGCGGUGGUAAUGAACAUGCACUGCAGCAUUUCAAAGAAACAGGAUAUCCACUAGCAGUCAAACUCGGCACCAUUACGAGAGAGGGCAAGGGGGAUGUAUUCAGUUAUAUCGAUGACGACCUUGUUGAAGACCCUUACCUCAUUCAGCACCUCGCGCAUUUUGGGAUCAAUAUCCAAAACAUGGAAAAGACUGACAAAAGUGUAGCUGAGUUGGAACUGGACCUGAAUCAGAAAUAUAACGAAUGGUUUGCUCUACAAGAAGCCGUUGCUCAACUCAAACCAGCUUAUGGACCUGGCUACACUGGGCUCUUGAAUCUUGGAAAUUCUUGUUAUUUAAAUUCUGUAAUGCAAAUCAUUUUUCAAAUUCCAGAUUUUAUAAACAAGUACUAUAAAAAAGCUGAUGAAAUAUUUAGAAAUUCAGCCGAGCCAGCAGUCGAUUUUAAUGUUCAGAUGGCAAAGUUUGCAACUGGUCUUUUAUCAGGGAGAUAUUCACAUCCACCUCCAGAAGGACCUGAAAAGAAAAUCGUCCCUCCUCCUUCACCUCACAUGUUCAAGUAUCUGAUUGGAAGAGGGCAUCCUGACUUUUCAACCAAACAUCAACAGGAUGUACACGAAUUCUUCCUCCACCUGCUCACAACCGUCCAAAGGAACUCAAGAGGUUCGACAGACCCAACUGAAGCAUUCAAACUUCAAGUCGAGGAUAGGAUAGAAUGCGGCGCAACAAAAAAGGUCAAAUACACCCAUAGGACGGAAUAUUGCCUGCCACUUCCCAUCCCCUUAACAGCAGCGGUCAAUAAGGAAGAAGUCGAAAUCUACAAUACAAAAAAGGCCAAUGGAGAAAAACUAGAAUCCAAUGAGGUGGUAAGGCCACAUAUUCCAUUUGCUGCUUGCUUGGAGGCAUUUCGGCAAAUUGAGAUUGUUGAACAAUUUUACUCUUCUGCCUUAGGCGAGAAGACUAUCGCUAAAAAGACAACUAGGCUGGCGACCUUCCCUGACUAUUUAGUAAUACAUUUAAAGAAAUUUAUGAUGAGAGAGGAUUGGGUGCCGGUGAAGUUGGACGUGUCGGUCGAGAUGCCAGAUGAAGUCGACCUGUCAUGUUUGAAGGGUAAUGGACCACAGCCAGGUGAGGAAUUCUUACCAGAACUCUCCAAUCCAGUGCCUGCUCCUGUUCUUGACCAGGGUGUCAUCGCACAAUUGGUCGAACAGGGUUUCCCUGAAGCUGCUGCAAAGAAGGCAGUGUAUUUCACAAAAAAUCAAGGAAUAGAAUUGGCCAUCAACUGGGUUCUAGAGCAUAUAGGCGAUUCAGACUUCGCCGACCCUUUUGUUCCACCAGGCACCGAAAUGUCAUCAGCUCAAUCUAAAUUCACCCCGAAUCCAGAAGCUGUCCAGAUGUUGAUGGGCAUGGGUUUUACUGAAAACCAAGUGACCAAAGCUUUAAAAGCGACUGACAAUAACUUGGAAAGGGCUGCAGAUUGGAUUUUUAGUCAUGCAGCCGAAUUGGACAAAAACGAUUCCACAGAAGAAUCAGCGAGUAGCACUACAGAGAAAUUCAGAAACGGCUAUCCAAAAUAUCGCCUCAUUGCAUUCAUCUCUCACAUGGGUACAUCUACAAUGGUUGGCCACUACGUCUGCCAUAUUUUGAAGGAUGGCCGCUGGACAAUAUAUAAUGACGAGAAGGUCGCCUUUUCUGAAAACCCUCCUAAAAAUUUAGGUUAUAUGUAUAUGUAUCAAAGGGUAUAAUUUUGUUUCUUUGUUUUCUUUUUUGUUUUUUUAAACUGUAAAUCUACCUUUAUUUUUCCCCCACUUAACACCUCACUUAAAUAUUACUACGUUUGUAAUCUAAUUUAAAAAUAAAAGAGUUAUAAAACAUAA